AAACCCAAAAAAACAUUCUUGUUCGGAAAUCAAGAAAAUCAUGCUUUACCUCCAAAAACGCUCUGUUGUUUUAAUAGUUUGUUUAACAAUAUUUUUAGUUUAUUCUUUUUUCAUUUUGCUUCUUAAAUACGUCUUGAUUUGCAACCCAACAUUGUUUUGUCACCAACAAAGGCAAGGGGGGCCUCCUUGUCCUUGUCUAGGGUUAAAUAUAUCUUCUCUUUCUUUCUUCCUCUUCAAACAUGUCCAACUUGCUCUUUAUAGUAGUUGAAGGUAUUUUAUGCCUGGGUUCUAUACAAUAAUCUGGGUUGAGCUGCUUUUAAGAUUUUGAGGAGGUCUCAUCUUACUUUACAUUAUCACAAAAAGAAAAAAGAAAAAAGAUUGUGAGGUUAAAAUAAAAUGCCUUCUUCAGAUAGUCAUGGUUCUUCAAUGCCGUUUGCCUCAUUCCGUCGUUCAAUUAUGAGUAUUAGAAGUGAACAACAGGUUCAUUCCUUGGAAUUGAACCAUGAUUCUAAUAUCCAGGAGAUUGAUCAGGAAGCAUUUCAGAAACUAGUGUCCACUCGAUUUCAAGAACUGUCGGUUGCUUCUGCUGAUGAAUUCCUUUCCAUUGCAUGGAUUCAGAAGUUACUAGACGUGUUUACCAGUUGUCAGGAAGAGUUCAGAAUCGUAUUGUGUAACAAUAAGGAACUCCUCCUGAAAUCCCCUCAAGAUAAGCUUUUGUCUGACUACUUUGAUAGAACUAUAAAAGCACUUGAUAUUUGCAAUGCAGCCCGUGAUGGGAUUGGGAAGAUUCGACUCUGGCAGAAGCAUUUGGAAAUCGUGGUUUCCGCAUUGGAUUCUCGACAAAAGAUGAUUGGUGAAGGUCAGCUUCGUCGGACUAGAAAGAGUCUUAUGGAUUUGGCUCUUGUGAUGCUAGAUGAGAAAGAAAGUGGAUCUGUUUUCUCUCAGAGGAACCGUUCUUUUGGACGCCAUAAUAAGACCAAGGAUCACCAGCGUCGUCCUUCUUCUGGGCACUCAAGGUCUUUAUCUUGGAGCGUGUCUCAAAGUUGGUCAGCAUCUAAACAGCUCCAGUCAAUUGCAAGUCACUUGGUUGCUCCACGUGGACAUGAAGUAGCUGCAACAAAUGGGAUAGCAAACCUUGUCUUUACAAUGAACUUUAUUCUCCUGUUUGUACUUUGGGUUCUUGUUGCUGCUGUCCCUUGUCAAGAUCGAAGCCUCCAAAUUCAUUUUCCUAUCCCAAGGCAAUUCUCAUGGAGCAAUCCCCUUUGGUUGCUUCAUGGUAGGAUAAUGGAUGAAGCUAAGAAGCCAGAGCGCCGAAAUUCAAGUGGAUUAUUGAAGGAAGUUUAUCAGAUAGAAAAAUGUGUCCAUCACUUGACUGAUUUGAUAGACUCUGUUCAGUUACCAUUGACCGAGGAGCAGAUGGAAGAAGUAAAAUUGGGUGGAAAAGAUUUAUCAGCUGUUUGUGAAGCUCUUAAGAUUGGCCUUUAUCCACUAGAACGCCAUUUAAAGGAAGUAUUCAGAAAAAUUAUGAGUUGCCGGGCAGAGGGUCUUGAACUCCUGGAAAGUGCAAAUCAGCCUUAGAAUUCAAGUUGUCGACAACAUCGAACUAAAUGUGAUUUCAUAUACGUCUUUAUUUUGGUUUUUCUGGCAUUAAGGAAGUUAAAAGGGAAAAACAAAUCUAGCAAUUUAGCAGGUAAGAUUGUAUGUACUACUAUACUUUAUGUAAAACCAGCUUCCAUUUUUCA